CCAAGCAGAAACCACACCCUGCUCCAGGAGCCCUCCCACACGCGUUCUGCAGCCGGGGUCACAGAGCGCGAGACUAUUGGACGUUUUUUGGCUGUUUUUUUGAGUCAGGGGGCUUUGAGGAAAGAUUCCCGCUGCGUAAAGAGCUCUGAAGCUUUUUCCUUCCUCUAUUCACAUAGUUUGUUUUCUUUCCUGGAAAGUUCACACAAAUUAACUUCCUUCACGCUCCAAACUCGAUUUUGCACCAGUCUUCAGCAUCAUCCUGCAGCCCAGCCACCUGAAACAAAGAGAGAACUCUGUGCACUAGUUGGUCGGAACAAAAGGGAGCCAUGUUGAUCAUCUUAGCCUUCAUCAUCCUCUUUCAUCUGGCUGCAGCCAUCCUGCUCUUUGUUGCUACAAUUCACAAUGCGUGGUGGGUGGUGUCACCAUUAGGGCGGGACGUGAUCUAUUCUGACUUGUGGUACUCCUGUAACCAAACCUGCUACCCCUUGGCAAACAGCCACUCUGUCAGUGCUGCUUAUCUACAGGCAGUUCAGGCCGCUAUCAUCCUGGCGACCAUUUUGUGCUGCGUCAGCUUCUUCGUCUUCAUGCUUCAACUGUUCAGCAUCAAACAGGGAGAGAGAUUCAUUUUUACAGCUAUUAUUCAGUUGUUUGCCUCUCUAUGUGUGAUGGUCUCUGUGUCCAUCUACACAGCUGAGAAUAAGAGCUUCCAUGUGGCUGAUCACCAAGAGGGCUCCUAUGGUUCUUCUUACAUCGUUGCGUGGGUUAGCUUUCCUAUGACCUUCAUUAGUGGCCUGAUGUACCUUGCGCUCAGGAAACGUUAAUGAAUGAGGCAGGAAAGGAACAACGUGGGAUAUUUGGACAUAUAUGCACAACAACAAAGGGGCAUUUACACUUUGUUCUUUCAAACCAUCAGGUUUGUAGUAUUAACAUCAAGGAACACCGCUGCAGAAUAUUUAAUCACAAGUUCUGAAGCCCUCGUCAGCAGUGUCUGCAUUCAUUAGACCUAUGCAAAAAUUGUCUCCUUCUUUGUCUUUUCUGUUACCUACCAAUUCCAUCAAUUUUUAAUAACACAAUAUUUGAGUAUGAAGCAACGCCCACAUUUACAGAAGGGUCCAUCAUUUCAUUAAAACUCGGCAGCAUUUUUUUUGUACAUUUUUGAAGUGUAUGAUUAGUUUAGAUUUUAAUAGUAGAAAUAAAUAUAUGUUAAUCAUAUGUAGGAUUUUAAUGCUUGGGUUGUAUUCUUUUAAUGCUAAGUUGUGUUUUAAUUGUGAAAAAGGAGCCAAUGAUGUAAUGUGUUGUUUUGUGAUUAAAAUUGAAUGAAACAAGCAAACUUGAAAUAUGAAUGGAGGUUUCCUUUGUUACUUACUUUUAUGAUAGCUUUUCUGGAAGCUAUUUAUUGUUUUAAACCAUUGUUUUAUAUUUUUUAACCAGGUGAAUAGAGACUUUUUAAGAAAUAAACUUUUGCUACUUCUUCUGCUCAUAAUUUCAUAUAUGCCUGAUAACCCCCACACUUGGUCUUGACCUUUAUGGUUGAACAUUUAAAGAAAGCAGUCAUUCACUGAUCUAAUUUGU